AUGGCGAAUAUCAAUCCUUCUGACGCUGAGUGGGUUACAGUUUUGACUGUUUAUCCUGUUACCAAUCUAGAUGAUAUGGAGGCUUCCGACGAAAAACACCCUGUGAUCCUGUGGCGAAUGGUAUCUGGAGGAGAGUGGGAAGUCAAAGCAACUGAAAUCUUGUUCCAACGAUUUCACGGAUCUUCCAAAUUUCGGUUCAUGGUGAAAGGAUUUCUACGUGUUGACGACACUAUUAACCAGCAUCAAGAGCAUUUUCCUGUUGGAUUGACGAAGCGAGUUCGUUGGAUGGACCCAAAGUGCACUACCCUCCGAGGAACGAAGUCCAAGAGUCGCUUGGUUGAAGUUGUUUUCUCAUACGAUGAGGAGAGCAAUCCACAAGCUAAUGAUGUGGUCCGAGUCGAAGUCAUUGUUCCUAAAACAAGUGACAGCGACAAAGGCAAGCCUCUUCACAAGGCACUCAACUGGGCGCGAUCUUUGGUGCAGACCCAGCUUGAUUUGGAGGAUUUCAAGAGCUCUGUUUGA